AUGUCUACUGUUGAAACAUUAUUGAGGCUACCUAGAUGUUUAUAUGCCAUCUUAACUGUUUAUAAGGUCAUCACCACUGAGGAAAUUGCUGGGAAAAUUGCUAGUUUUCGGUCCUUUUCAACGGGGAGCCUACAGGUUUCUUCAAAUCUUCUAAGGGGCUUCGCCAGGGGGAUCCUCUUUCCCCUGGAUUAUUCCUCCUUGCAGCUGAGGUCGUCUCUAGAAAUUUUAAGCAGCUUGUGGAGGGGAUGGUGUAGUCCAUUCAAACUGCACCGAGGUUGCCCUAUUAUUUCUCACCUUCUAUUUACUGACGAUACUUUAUUGUUUGUGAAUGGCAGCCAAGAUUCCUUGCAUUCAAUUAAGGCUUUCUUGGUGGCCUUCCAAGAGGUGACUGGCCAGCGGAUUAACUUCCACAAGAGCAGCUUCCUUUGCUCAGCCAAGAUGAACACGGGGAGAAUCCGACAGAUAGAGAGGGCCUUGGGAAUCUCUAAAGCUCGUGCGGGGGUGCUUUACUUAUGCAUUCCUCUUUUCAAGGGUAGAGUUUCCACGGCCUCCUUCAAAGUUCUGAUAGACAAGACGGGGAGUAGAAUUUCAGGGUGGAAUGCCAGGCUUUUGUCACAAGCGGGUCGGUUGACGCUGAUAAAGCAUGUUUUGGGAAGUAUCCCCCUCCAUACUAUGGCUGCUACCAAAAUCCCAGUCAAUUUGGUGACAAAGCUUGAGUGCAGGUUUGCCCAAUUCUUCUGGGGUUGGGCGGAAGGCAAGAAAAAGGUUCAAUGGAUUGCUUGGAAUAAGAUCUCACAUCCGAUUGAUGAAGGUGGAUUAGGAGUUCGCAAACUGCAGGAAGUAUUGAAGGCUCUGAGGAGGAAAAUGGCCUGGAAAGUCAAAUAUGGGCAGGUAGUCAGCCCUUGGGUAUUGUACAUGCGUGCAAGGCAGCAAACGGAUUUGGAGGAAGGUAGCUCGGCGGGCCCCUCAUCCUCGGUGUCCCCCUUUUGGAAAAAGGUCAGAAAUGAACUCCCGAUUUUAGCAAAUACCGUUCAAUGGCAAGUUGGGGAUGGAGAUAUGAAUCUUUGGACAUCCAAUUGGACAGGGUUGGGGCCUCUUCAGUCCUUGGUGCCCUCUCCAAUUCCUCAGGCGCUAUUAUCCCUAAAGGUCAAAGAUUAUACAGGCCUAGCGGGGCCUUGCCCUCCCUCUUCUGUCAACCUUCUAUUGGUGGAUGAUCUUCACAAUCUCAUUGUUAGCUCUGGUUUUGCGACAUUUGAGGAUCCUCCCUCCUGUUUCUGGCCUCUGGACGCUACAGGCAAGUUCUCUACUAAAUCGGCUUGGCAUCUGAGUAGGGAUACGGGGCAGGGUCUCUAG